UUUUGAUAUUUUUAAUCUAUAUAUAAGUCUCUAUUGAAUAACAAAUACUCUAAGAAUUACUUUGAAACAUUUGGUAUUUAAAAUCCAUUAUCUUCUCCUUUAUUCUAGGCAAAGGUUAAAAUCAGUCAUCAAUUGGACGUAUAAUCAAUAUUUUAAAGCGAGACAUAGAACCAAUCAAAUACAGGAAUCGUUAAUUUAAUUCUGAAUCGUGUAAAGAUCGUGUAAAUUCUAGAUCGUGUAAAGUUUCACCUAUAAAAAUUUGAGUUCAUACAGUACAUUUAGCCUAAGCAUGGAGUCUUCAUGUAAAUCGGCUUUGACAAAUUUUGGCGGUACACCAUCACUUACAUGGUUAAUAUUUACCGACAGUAAAUUACCGUUACGCGUGGAUUAUGCAUCUGUAAAAGUAUGAAAGAAGAUGUUUAUCGGUGUUCAUUUGUAACUUUCCCUAAUAUUACGAAUGCGAUUUAAAUGUAAGAAUUCAUAAUUUGUAAAAGACAAGUUUUACAACAAAAAUUCGGUGAAAAUAAGCUUCAUUUAACAUGAUGCCGGCUAUCAUAACAAAUAGUGAAAAUUAUGAGGCAGAGAAGCAAGCACAGACAGAUGAUAUAGAAAGACAUCAAAUGUCUUUGAAUGGGGAUGUUAUGAAGGAGAACAAAAACACAGGUAAAAUAUUUGAACACAAUAACGUGGAAACAAAUACAGAGAACAAUUCAAAUGAUAAAGAGAUUAAAUUUAUUUCUAAUUCAUCAGUCAUUGAAGCUACGAUACUUCAAGAAUCAAAUAAAGGUAGAAAAAAACUUCGCAAUGGAAAAUAUAUUAACACAGAAGUUAUAAAAAAUUUGCACAAAGUUAAUAAAAAUGCUAAUAAAACUAGAUCAUUAAACCAAAACACUCAAUCAAAGAAACCCACUAAAAGGAAAAGCGAUAUAGCUGAAGAAUUGGAAUCAAAGGCUCCUAUGUUGACAAAAACUGUAGAAAACAUAACACAUAAUGUUAAAUCUGAAACUGAAUUGAUUCAAGAGCAACAAGAACUAAAUGAUGAGACUGAAAACAAUACCCUUAAAAGGACUAAAACAGAAAAUUAUAAUAUUAACAUAGAGGAAUCAAAAACAUUAUUUCAGAAACCUGUUAAUAUUCAUCAAAAGUGUGAAUAUUGUCGUCAAAAGUUAACAAGUGCUGAUAUAAAGAUAUAUCCAGGUCAUCCCAAUGGAGCAGAAGAAGAACUUAUUGCAUUAACAGAUCCAAAGUUAUCUUUAUUUACAGGAGAAGAAACUAUGGUUCAUGAAGGCGAUGAGAGACCCCAAAAUAAAAUAACUGACUUUUGUGUAUAUGAUAAAAAUGGGCAUUUGUGUUCUUUUGACACUGGUCUGAUUGAAAAAAAUGUGGUUCUUUACUUCUCUGGCUAUAUGAAACCUAUAUAUGAAGAAAAUGCCUGUCCAGAAGGAGGUGUGCCUACAAAAGAUAUGGGACCAAUAAAUGAGUGGUGGGUGUCUGGUUUUGAUGGUGGUGAAUUAGCACUUGUAGGAUUCACUACAGCAUUUGCAGAAUAUAUAUUAAUGGAACCUGCUGAAGCAUAUGCACCAUUUAUGGAUUCUGUAAAAGAAAAAAUUUAUAUGAGCAAGAUAGUUAUAGAAUUUUUAUUAGAUGAAAUUAAUCCUACUUAUGAAGAUUUACUAAAUAAGUUACAGACUAUAGUUCCACCCAAAGGAUUAUCUAGAUUUACAGAAGAUUCCUUAUUACGAUAUGCUCAGUUUAUUUGUGAUCGAGUUAUUUCUUUUGAUGCAUCUGCAAGACCAGAAGAUCCUCUACUAAUUACAAGUUCCUGCAUGCGAGCACUUGUAACACUUGCAGGUGUAACCCUUAACAAAAGAAUUGCAUUGCGAAGAACACAAUCUAAAGAUCAAAAAAAUAAGAAAAUUUCUUGGACAAAAGCUACAACUACAAAAUUAGUUAAUAAUAUGUUUGAAACGUUUUUCUCUGAUCAACUAGCUACAAAUAAUGAGAAAGAUGUAUCGAUACCUAAAAGGCAUAGAUGUGGAGUAUGUGAAACUUGUCAACAACCUGAUUGUGGAGCUUGUUCUGCUUGUAAAGAUAUGACUAAGUUUGGUGGGUCUGGUAAGAGUAAACAAGCUUGCAAUAAAAGAAGAUGUCCAAAUAUGGCUAUACAAGAAGCUGAUGAUUCAGAUCAGGAAGAUGAGUUUAAUGAAACUUUAAUGGAAGACAUAAAAAUUACACAGAAAAUGAUUUUGAAGGAAUUUAAACAUGUAGAGAAGGAAAUUACAUGGGUUGGAAAACCAAUUAUAGACGAUGGUCGAAGAACAUUCUAUAAGUCAGUAAUUGUAGUUGAUGAAGAAAUAAAAACAAAUGAUUAUGUAUUGAUCGAAUCAAAUGAUCCCACUGUACCAUUGCAAAUAGCUAAAGUUAUGUAUAUGUGGGAAGAUAAGAAUGGUGCAAGAUGGUGUCACGCAAAUUGGUUUAGGAGGGGUAGUGAUACUGUUCUUGGAGAAACAUCAGAUCCUUCAGAAUUGUUCUUACUUGACGAAUGUGACAAUGUACCAUUUACUUCAGUUAAAUCCAAAGCCACGGUUAUUUAUAAAAAUAGUCCAGAAAACUGGAGUCAAUUAGGUAAUGCAGACAUAUUACCAGAAGAUAACAUACAGAAUAUUGAUGGAAAAACAUUCUUUUAUCAAAAACUGUACACACCAGAAACAGCUCGUUUUGAAGAUCCUCCUCUAGAUGCUGUAUGCCAACGAAAAGAAAUCAGUCAUCGAUUUUGUCCUGCUUGUGUGCGCUUUACUGCAUUACAGUGCUUUUAUACACCAAAGGUUUUUGGCAAAGAAGAAGAGAAAAGUAAUAAAGAAGUAACAUACAAUAUGGUAAAAUACAAAGAUGAGGAAUUUAAAGUUGGAUCAGCCGUAUUUUUAUCGCCAGGAGCGAUAAAAUAUAAAUAUACAUCAACAUAUCAUACUGCUUCCAAAAUAAAAAAGGGGAAAGUGGAUGAAGAUAUGUAUCCUGAAUAUUACCGAAAGUCUUCAGAUCACGUUAAAGGUUCAAAUUAUGAUACACCUGAACCAUUUCAUAUUGGUUACAUUAAAGCAAUAUACGCAACGACCAAUAAUAAACUAGUUGCUUCGUCAGAUAUAUGGAUUAAAAUAAAUAAAAUGUAUCGACCAGAAAACACACACAAAGGACUGACGUUAAUGCAACAAGUUGACCUUAAUAUGGUAUACUGGAGCGACGAAGUUUGUGAUGUUAAGUUUUCAGAGGUAGUAGGAAAAUGUUAUCUAGCAUAUUCAGAUAACUUGGACCAAUCUGUGGAAGAAUGGACGGCUGGUGGUCCGAAUCGAUUUUACUUUUCUCAAGCUUAUAACGUUUCAGAAAAAACAUUUGGUGAUCCACCAAAUCAUGCUAUGAAUAUUGGAAAACCUGGCAAAGGAAAAGGAAAAGCAAAGUGUAAAAACAAACAAUUGGAGACCUGCGAUACUAAGAAAACAAUUGAAAAACCAGUAGAUUAUUUUGUUGUGUCAAAGAAGUUAAAAACGUUAGACGUUUUUGCUGGUUGUGGUGGAUUAUCUGAAGGAUUACGACAAGCUGGUAUUACAAACAAUCGAUGGGCAAUUGAAAAAGAUGAACCCGCUGCAUGUGCUUAUCGACUCAAUAAUCCUGAUACAACGGUAUUCUGUGAAGAUUGCAAUGUUCUUCUGCGAAAAGUUAUGAAUGGUGAACAUUGUAACAAUAUUGGACAACGUUUACCUCAAAAAGGCGAAGUAGAAUUAUUAUGCGGUGGACCGCCUUGUCAAGGCUUCAGUGGCAUGAACCGUUUUAAUUCACGGCAAUAUUCGUUAUUUAAGAAUUCUCUAGUAGUAUCGUGUUUGUCUUAUUGUGAUUAUUAUAGACCCAAAUUUUUUGUUAUGGAAAACGUUAGAAACUUCGUUUCUUUUAAAAGAAGUAUGGUACUCAAAUUGACAUUAAGAUGCCUUGUACGAAUGGGUUACCAAUGUACAUUUGGUAUUCUGCAAGCUGGAAAUUACGGUAUACCACAAACAAGAAGAAGACUUAUAAUAUUAGCUGCUGCACCUGGAGAGAUACUUCCAAAAUAUCCAGAACCAACCCAUGUAUUUAGCAAACGGGCAUGUCAAUUAAGCGUUAUUGUAGAUAAUAGAAAAUAUUCAUCAAAUUGUGAUUGGAUGGAGUCGGCGCCGUAUAGAACUAUCAGUGUUCGCGAUGCAAUGUCUGAUUUACCUAAUAUUCGUAAUGGUUGGAACAAAGAAGAAAUGGCGUACGAAGAUGAACCGAUAUCCCAUUUUCAAAGAAAAGUGAGACCUAAACAGCUUGAUACUAUAUUAAGAGACCACAUUUGCAAAGAUAUGGCACCACUAGUCGAAGCUCGAAUAGCACACAUUCCAACUGCAAGCGGAUCUGAUUGGCGAGACUUGCCAAACAUUGCAAUACGUCUAAGCGAUGGAACAUACUCAAAAAAAUUAGAAUAUACUCAUCAUGAUAAGAAGGCCGGUAAAAGUUCAACUGGGGCAUUUCGUGGAGUAUGCAGCUGUUGUGAACGCAAACCGUGUGAUCCUAUAGAUAGACAAUAUGGAACUUUGAUUCCAUGGUGUUUACCUCACACUGGAAACCGUCAUAACCACUGGGCGGGAUUAUAUGGUAGAUUAGAAUGGGAUGGAUUCUUCGGCACUACUAUUACUAAUCCAGAACCAAUGGGUAAACAGGGCCGCGUUUUACAUCCUGAACAAACCCGAGUUGUAAGUGUAAGAGAAUGUGCUAGAUCGCAAGGUUUUCCGGAUUCUUUCAGAUUUUAUGGAAACAUACUUGAUAAACAUCGCCAAAUCGGUAAUGCUGUUCCACCACCAUUAGGUGCAGCUCUCGGUUUUGAGAUUAGAAAAUGUUUAAAAUACGAAAGCAUUCAACAACUAGAAGAUAAAAGUUAGACAGUUUUAAUAACUGAAAAUAAUAUUAGGACUAUUUAUAGCAAAUUUUUAAGAUAUUGCAUUCAAUCUUAAUGGUAGCAUAAUGUUAUGAAUAUCUUUUUCCAUCUACAUAAAUUUACCAAUAUGUUUUCGGUAAACAUACGUAGAUACUUCGUUCCUUUUACGAUUUACGUGACCAAAAGUAUUAUAUGAUGUAUACUUUUGUUUGAAAAAUUUUGUCGUACAACGAAUACCUUACGAGUUAUUUGAGGUCGUCACGUUAUAAGACUCACCCUGUAUAAUAUGCAAAUAUAAGUAUACAUAUAUAUAUGUAUGUAUACAAAAGAACGACUAAGCGCGUACAUGCGUCGAUCACCUACAAAGGGUAAAGGGUGCAACAUUUAAUUCGAUACAAAGUUCUUCAGGGUAAAAAUCAGUAUUUUAUGUUAAUAUUAUUAAAAUAGUUUUCAAUUUUUGUUUUUCUACAAAAAUUUGAUUUUACCAUUAUUAUAUCAUGUGUAUAUAUUGUAACUUUCUACAAUUAUAUGUUAAUGAUAGGAUUGUUUAUCGGUAUAAUUUUAAAAGAGACAUAAUGUCAAAUAAAAUGAUAAAAUAACAAGGAAUAUUUAUUAUGAAAUAAAGACUUU